GAAGGAGCCAAACAGUAUUUGGUGAAAAAGGAUCAAGAAUUGGUGCAUUGUUGUAGAGAAUUUGCCCACAUGGAGAACAAUCUCGUGAAUGCAAGAGAUCCCGCUCCAGUGCCUCGUGAAGUAUCAGCUGGAGCAUGGCUAGAUCUACCAGGAAAAUUGAGAGUGUCAUCUGAACAAUUUUUUGACGUGAUGUAA